AUACCGCCGACUUUCCGCUAUCUUGAGGAGACAGCGCUGAGCACUAGACUUUCACUGCUUCACAUCACUCUCCCCCACGCUUGCUGCUGUAGCUUUCAAGUUAGCGUAUUCACAGAAUUCGUAGCUGCGAGCCUGCAUUUACUGCUUGCUAUCAGUUCUCACUCCCACCUUUUACAGCUCUUCUGUUUUUGAAGAGCCGCAUUUGCAUACUUUAAUACUUUUACAGUUGGAUCUUAUAUCUUGCGUAGGAAGCAUUUAUUUCAGGAACCAUCAGCAAAAUUUCAUUAUCAUACUUUUUUCUUUUUCUUUUUUUUUUGCCGAGUUCAUUAUCAUUCAUCUCUUGCUGGAGAGAGAUCCCAAAUCCCAUGGAGUCGGGUGCAUUUCAUUACUGCUCUUCAGUGCUGCUCCUUAUCAUCUCAGUAGGCAUUUUGUUAUUUCCUCUAAUGGUUGCUUCAAUCGGAAUAAACUACGGGCAAAUAGCGAACAAUCUACCUUCACCAGAGGACGUAGUCCCUCUUGUGAAAUCUGUGGGUGCCACUAAGGUGAAGCUCUACGACGCAGAUCCAAGAGUGCUCCAAGCAUUCGCCAACACCGGCGUGGAAUUCAUAGUCGGCUUGGGUAAUGAUUACUUGGCGAAGAUGAAGGACCCCGAGAAAGCCCAAGCUUGGGUCAAGACCAACGUCCAGGCCUUCCUCCCGGCAACGAACAUCACCUCCAUCUUCGUGGGCAACGAAGUUUUAACCUUCAACGACACCACUCUCACAGGCUCUCUUCUUCCAGCGAUGCAGAGCGUGCACACGGCGCUCGUGAAUCUUGGGUUAGACAAACAGGUGGCUGUGACUACCGCUCAUUCCUUGGCCAUUCUCGAAACCUCAUACCCACCUUCGGCCGGGGCUUUUCGUCCCGAUCUAACGGCCUGCAUAAACCAACUCUUGAGCUUCCACGCCAAGACGGGCUCGCCAUUCUUGAUCAACGCGUACCCUUUCUUCGCGUACAAGGCGAACCCGAAGCAGGUCCCACUGGACUUCGUUCUCUUCCAGCCGAACUCAGGGAUCGUAGACCCUUCCACGAACCUCCGCUACGACAACAUGUUGAUCGCGCAGAUCGACGCCGUGUACGCCGCUCUAGCUUCGGCUGGUUACAAGAAGCUGCCUGUUCACAUCUCCGAGACGGGUUGGCCGUCGAGAGGGGACGAGGAUGAGGCCGGCGCUACACCGGAGAACGCAAAGAAGUACAACGGGAACCUGUUUAAGCUGAUGAAGAAGAAGGGGACGCCGAUGAGGCCGAGCUCUGACCUAAAUAUCUACGUCUUUGCUUUGUUCAACGAGAACAUGAAACCCGGACCGACUUCCGAGAGGAAUUACGGGCUGUUCAAGCCGGACGGUACUCCCGUGUACUCGCUUGGAAUUGCCACAAACGAAGGCGUUAGCAACGCUACGAGUUUCGGGGGACCCACUCCCGAGAGCUCCGGUAUGCCAAACACGAUGCCGGAGAGUUCUUCCACUGGUUAUUUGUCCAUUUCCUCUUCUUCUCCGGAGAGAUAUCAUUUGGGAGUUGGGCCAGCAUUCUUUUUCAUCAUGUCUAUGGUGAUUAGAUUGGUACUUUAUUAAUUUUGGAAAAAGCAAGUGUUCGAAAUUUGCCAUAGUCUACAAAGCAGGAGGAGAGCCGUUUAAACUUGUUAUAAAAAAAAAAAGCAGUAGAGGGAGGGAGAAAAGAGAAGAAAAGAAAGAAUAAAAAGAGGUCAGAGGCAGCUUCGUAGUUUGGAAAAGAACAAAAGGUGUCUCCCCAGAAAUCCUUUCCUGUUUCUUCACUUGUACGCGACUAAUGUUCUGGGAAUCAUUAUUCAUUUAUAUUCAUCCAACCAAAGUUCACCGCUCCUUAAUAUGUUAAGAGAAUUUUUAUAUACACAAAUAGAUUAUAUAAAAGUAAACUCACAAACUGACAUGGUUUUAUGAGAUCCCAUUAAAUCUAUUUUACAAUAAAAAUAACUUACAAUUUGAGUCUUGAUGCACCAUAUCAAACCAUAUCGGUUUAUAAGUUUAUUUUUGUGUAAUCUUUUUAUAAUUAAAGUAUUUCUCGUAUGUUAAUCCUCAAUGGACCCUACACACUAUGGCCUCUUUUGUCCCGACUUUACGUUUUCUUUCAAUUGAUCAAUGCUGGUGGCGUGGGAGUGGUUGUAGUGACAGUGCAGGGUUGGGUUCCUUGAGGAUUGAAAAUGGAUGAUGAUUAGGUAUUUGUUGGAGCCUUUUUGUUUUCUCAAACUUUUUAGUUGGCAUUGAACUGUGACUUUCUCUCCCCUUUUUACCUUUUUUGUUUGUUGUUGCAGGGAGGAUAUAAUGUCCAAAUCACAAUUAUUUGUAAGGCAUUAAGUUUGGUAGAUGGAGGAGUUGGAACAUAUUCUAUUCUUUAGUCGUGUGUUGAUUAGUGAUUUAAUAUAUGUUUAUUGAAUCUCCUUCCUUUUCAUUGCUGUAGCCUGUGAACGGAGGGGGAAUUA